UAACAAAGGACUUUGUAAGACGCGAUAUGACAUUAUCCUAUGCCGUUAGUAACCGUUGGGAACCAUGAAACCUGUCGUCCUCUUCAUCUCUAUCAUCUGCUCCGUUACAGGACUGGCUGUUUUGAACGAACGCAUCAUCGGAGGUGAUGUGGCUACACUGGAGCAAUUCCCGUACGUCGUCUCCGUGAUUGAAAACGAACGUCAUUCCUGCGGUGGGUUCAUUUACAAUAACCGAUGGAUCAUCACGGCUGCAUCCUGCGUCGAUGGGAAAUUACCGAGCGCAUUGAAAAUCAUGGCGGGCGGCUUAGAUUGGAACGUGAUGACGGGCGACGAACAAAUCAUAUCCGUUUAUAAUAUUUAUAUUUUCGAAGGGUAUAACAGGACGUUCAACGUGAACGAUAUUGCGCUUAUUAAGGUGACGAGAGACAUUGAUUUUAACUUGCCCAAUAUUGAUUUCGUCAGAUACAACGAAGUCAACACGGACGAUUUAACUGGCAUUGUCAUCGGAUGGGGUGCCACUGCGGAAAAUGGGACAGAAUCUAAUGAGCUUCGCUACGGAACAGUGGACAUUAAAGAAGAAAUUCAAUGUGGCGAUUACUCUCAGCCGGAAUUCAAACUCUCUUCUAUGAUAUGCGCUUACGGCGCGAUUGCCGAACCACCAGUCCCCACUGCGGGGUCUCCAUGUCAAUACGAUCAAGGAUCUCCCCUCAUUCAAUCGAGCAUCGGGCAAGACAUUGCUGUCGGUGUCAUGUCAAAGACCGAAAGCUGUUCGAUGGACUCUGCUAGCGUCUACACUCGCUUGUCUAUUUUCUAUUCGUGGCUGCAACAAACGGCCGGCCCACAACCGCUGCAAUGAAAUAGACAACAUUACAAAGCCGAUAACGAAUGGGUUUUUACCUCUGAAUAAAUCCCGAGAUAGGUGAUGGGAAUUUUGAAUACAGAAAAAUCGAAACUUAAAACAGGGACGCGGGGUGUUUAAAUUCAUGGCGUAACGAG